GAUCUGCUCUUACAGCAACAAGGCUUUAAAAUUUCACUAUGUGUUUAUCAAGGUUAGAGAAAUACUGACAGAAUAUGAUCCCAAUUUUAUGCCUAUGGGCCUAGAUGAAGCCUACUUGAACAUAACAGAGCACUUGGAGGAAAGACUGAACUGGCCUGAAGAUAAGAGAAAAUUCUUUUUUAACACAGAAAGCACUACAGGAAAAGAUAAAGAUGAUAUAAAUAUGUCAGCCAAAUUUAAUGAAGAUGGAUACUCUUCUUCACCGGUACUGUUUGAAGACAGCACAUCUCUGAUGGAUGACCACCCUGAACAAAGAGAUCAAUCAGUGGAAAAUUUGGUUGUCUUUGGAACUUCUGCAGAGGAAGCUGUGAAGGAAAUUCGCUUUAGGAUUGAGCAGAAAACUCAGCUGACUGCUAGUGCAGGAAUAGCACCGAAUACAAUGUUAGCAAAAAUGUGCAGUGAUCGCAAUAAACCCAAUGGGCAAUGCAGAAUUGCUCCUGAGAGACAAGCAGUGCUAGACUUCUUGAAAGAUUUGCCCAUUAGAAAGGUGCCAGGUAUAGGAAAAGUAACAGAGAAGAUGUUAAAAGCCCUUGGAAUUGUGACUUGCUCAGAACUGUACCAGCAGAGGGCACUGCUUUCUCUUCUUUUUUCAGAAGCAUCUUGGCGUAAUUUCUUGGAUAUUUCUCUAGGUUUGGGUUCAACGCAUUUGGAAAAGGAUGGAGAAAGAAAAAGUAUGAGCACUGAAAGAACAUUCAGUGAAAUAAACACAGCAGAAGACCAGUACAGCUUGUGUCGAGAACUCUGCAGAGACCUUGCUCAAGAGCUACAGAAAGAGGGACUUAAGGGUAAAACUGUUACCUUGAAGCUAAAGAAUGUGAACUUCGAAGUAAGAACAAGAGCUUCAACUGUGCUGUCUUCUGUUUCUACUGAGGAGGAAAUAUUUGCUGUUGCUAAAGAUUUGUUAGGAACAGAAAUUGAGAGUGUUGCUCCUCACCCUUUACGGAUAAGACUUAUGGGUGUACGAGUAUCAGGAUUUCUCAGUGACGAAGAGAAGAAGUACCAACAAAAGAGCAUUAUGAGUUUCUUAAAAUCAGGAAAAGAAUUUGGUUUUCUCAGGCUUCAGCCAGGGAAGUCCAACAAAGAAUAUUUCACAAAAAAUUCAGAAGCAUGUCCCAGAGGGAGUUUUUUUGAUAGAAAGCGAGCUGCAAGACAACUAAACAGUAGGGAUCUUUCUCCAAAUGAAACUGUAGGUAAGCAGCUCUUUCAUGAUAGUAAAUCAUCAGCAAAUUUUGUGAAAGAAACAAAGAGAGUCACAGACUUACAGAAUUCUAAUGUGUGUAAGAUCCUCACCUGUCCUGUUUGCUUUGAGGAGCAAAGCAGCAGUAAUUUGGAAGAGCUUAAUAGGCAUAUUGAUGAGUGCCUCAGUGGGACUCUUGUUAAAGAUACCAUGGAAAUAUCCAAGAAUGACAAUUCAAGAGAAAAUACACUUGACUUUAUUCCGCAAUUUAAAAAUGAAAAUGUUGAUGAAUGUAAAAAAAAUAAAACGGAUCAAUUAGCAGAAAUAGACCAGUCUGCAAGUACAUCUGACAACUCUACUAGCAAUAGCACAGAAGAGGUCACUCCCGGAGAAAGACAGCCUAGCAAUCUCGGUGAUAUUGCUAGAAAUGUGUGUCUGAAACAGUGUGUCUUCCCCAAAAGAAUUUCACAAGAUGAAGACCAUUUUGAAAAGACUGAACAUACAGAAGCAACUAGUUCAUCCUGUUUCUUUGAAGCCAAAGACGACAGUGUUCUUGUUUGUCCAGUUUGUAAUUCAGAACAGAAAACUGCCAGUCUUGUAUCAUUUAACAGACAUGUGGAUGUCUGCUUAAAUAAAGGCCUCAUCCAGGAGCUGACAGAAAAAAAAGAUUUUCCUACUAAGACUUAUAAUAUGGAAAAUUCAAACAGAGUUGGAGGUUUAAGCAGAGGACAACAACGCACAAAUCCAUCACAAGGAACAAAAAGGUCUGGACUAACAACUUCACAGUCGGUAUCAAAAAAGGCUAAAUCAAGCAAUUCCAAGCAUACAAUUGAAAUGUUUUUUAAAUGA